UCUUGCAUAUCAAUUGUGCAAUUUGGUCAAGCUUAAAUUCAGGCCAAAAAACUAUUUGGUGCCCCCUAUUGGAGGGGCGGCUGAUAGGGUUAAUUCCUUGCAUAUAUACCUCUCUUUUCUCGAGAUAUGCUACAUGUAGUCUAGCGUACAAAUGGAAUUGCCCUUCUCUUUAUCUAUUAUAGUACAUAUUUUUUAUGUAUACAUGUCUUCUUUCUUCCUCUAUUUACGCUGAAUGUACAUUAUGGUUUAUGCUUUCUUAGGGUUGAGUUGAAAUGUUUUUAUUAUUGCUUCUUCCAUAACUGGGCUUAUUUCGCUUCCUGGGUGAGCUUCUAUUGCUAUCUCCAUGUGUACAUUUAUUGUAUCCUUCUGUAUAAAUUGGGUAUAUGAUUUCUAAUCUUGGCGAUGCAUUUAUCUACCAUGAUGUUUGGUUUUUAUAUGUUUUCACUUUGAUUAAUUUGUUUCAAGGUUUAGAACUGUUUUAUGUGUUAUCAGAUUUCUUAAUUAUGACAGACUUUAACUCAUGAAAUAAUUUUUUGUAGAUCUUUAUUGUUCGUCGGCCAUCACUCUUUCGAUUAUAGUAAUCGCUUCAUUUGCUUCCAGUAUUGAUCAUAUGAGAUUAUUGAUUUGUUUUUCAUGUCAGCUUGAUAUUUAGUUUGUAAUCUUCUUUCCUAUCUGUUUCGUAGGAGGGAAAAAGUAUCUGUUUUUGAACUAAGGCCAGCCCUGCAUCCGUUAAAUGGGAUUUCUGUACUAAACGGCUUGUCGUGGAAAUCCUCGAGAAAUCUUGAUCCGGGCUCAGUUUCAUCAACCAAAUGAACACCAAACGAGCUUUACUCAACCCACAACUCCCACUUGGUUGUCACAAGUCUUCACCCCACAAAGGAGAUACUUGAUGAUUGGUUUGCAAGCAACAAAGGAAGAGAAAUAGAGUAGCAAUUAGAUCCCCAAGGAAGAACCAAAGGGCGGCCAAGACUCACCUUUUUCUCUCUUUUCUCACAAGACCAAUGCACCACAAAACAGCUAGGAUGAAUGUAUAUAUAAUGGGCUAGUUUAGGUUAACCAAUGGGCCAAAGGGUAAUUGGGCCAACAAUCCAAAUAACCAGUAUAUCAUUCCAAUGUAAAGCAACAACUUGGGUCAUCCAAAAGUGUUGGGCCACGAGCAACAUUAACUCAAUUAAGUUGCUUCAAAUGACCCCUAGUUGUUUCUGGGUCGAGUUAUCACUAAGGUGUCGAUACAACUUAUCCAAAAUCAGUUUAACAUCAUCGUCCGAAUUUAUUGGGUACCAAAAUACCCAAGCUCUUCGAAUUGAUCUUCAAAUUGGUGAAUUUUCGGGCUCAAUCUAACGCAAAGCUCUACCAAAAACCAAUCCAACCAAGUUCAAACCACAACCAAUAUAAUUCACCUUGGUUGCUAUUCAAUCUUACCUACGCACGACAAGAAAAAAUAAUGAUUUGUGGUCACAAAGUUAAGGAGAAGACACCAUAAAAGUAUAUUAUGAAAAAACUACCAAUUAUAUACAGUAAACAAGUGUUUUGGACACUUUUAGAGACUAUUUUUCACACACCAAAGGGGUCAGUCAGGAUUCCUUUAUUUUUCUCUCAAAACCACACAAAUCAUACAAGAAAAGUGGUUAGGGUUAUAUCGUUAUAUAUACUCUAAAGUUAGACUUUUAGUUGGACCUUUAAGCACUUAAAUGGAUCAAGAUUCAAGUCAUCCAAACAGGAAUAUAAUUGGGCUGGGUGUAACUCAUGGACUUAGUUAUUAGACUUAUUUCUUUCAUCGGUCUAUGCUUAUGAAAUAAUAUUAACCCACGUUAAUAUCAUAGUCCGAGAUUUAUUGGAUAUCAAAUAAUCCAACACGGCUUCUCUCAAGUCCUUGACACAGAUUUGUAGUUGGAUGUCAGAAUUUCUUUUAUGAGGGGCUUAUGGCGUUUAUAAUCACAUUGUCUCGUUUUCUUUUCAUUUGAUUAGAUGAAAAUUCAGAGGAUUUUGCGGAAAAGAAAGAGGAAACGAAAGAUAGGAACCGAAAGAGGAAGUCCAGAAGAAAAGAAGGGUGUUGGUGGUUCAGAAAGGAACCAUUGGUGUGAUUUGGAUUUCAGUGGUGACGAUUGGAUUACUAUUGACACUUCUGACUCGAAUAAGGUUGGGACUUGGGAAAUUGGCAAUACCUCAGAUCAGAAUGUACCCAAUCCUUCUGGUGAAGACCCUCAUGAUGCAGAUUAUUCUCACAUGUGCCAUUGGUGUGAUUUGAACUUAUGCUUUGUGAACAAAAGGGGUUUGACUCUUUUAAAAAGUAGUGAGCAUUACAAUAUUCGAAAGGAAAAUGGAGUUAAAGAACCAUCUGUUUUCAUGCUUACUUCUGGGGAAGGUAAUUGGUUGGCAUUUGAUCGAGAAUUUAGGUCCCAUAGGAAGCUUCCAGUUCUACCGUCAGAUCCUUGUUUUAGUUGCGGAGAUAAAGAGACACUUUGUGCUGGUACUCACCUUCUCGUUUCUGGUAGAGAAAUUGAUGGUCUAGUUAUUUGGAGGUAUGAAUUGGCUGAGAAUAAAUGGUACAAGGGUCCAUCUAUGACUAGCCCGAGAUGCUUGUUCGCUUCUGCAACUUGUGGUACCUUUGCUUAUGUGGCUGGUGGCAUGGGGGAUGCAGCAAAUUGUGAAACCUAUGAUACCGCUGAAAAAUAUAAUUCAGGCAACGGAUCAUGGGAACCACUUCCGAGGAUGAAAAAGAGGAGGAGGUUUUGCUCCGGAUGUUACAUGGACCAUAAAUUUUACGUGAUUGGUGGGAGAAAUGACGAUGGAGAACUGACAUGCGGUGAAUUUUUCGAUGAAACAAAAAACACAUGGGAACUCAUUCCCGACAUGUUGAAGGACAUUCCGAGAUCACCACACCACUCUCCACCACUUCUUGCUGUGGUAAAUAAUGAACUCUUCUUGCUUGAAUGUUCUUCCAACAAGCUGAAGGUGUAUUUGAAGAAGACCAAUUCAUGGAAGGCGCUGGGGCGAGUUCCGGUGAGAUCCGCUUGGGACGGAGGUUGGGGAAUCGCAUUCUUGUCUCUGGGAAACGAGCUGCUUGUAGUAGGACCAUCGGAUUUUUCCCGUCACAUGGCUAUAUAUACUUGCAGCCCAGAUGCCGAUGCCAGUGAAUUGCAGUGGAGACCUAUUGAUGGUGACGAAAAUCUGCUUGGUAACUUCAUUUACAAUUGCUGUGUUAUGGUUGCUUGAGGGAGGAUUCUUAAAGAAUUCGAAUCCACAUUAUCAUAAAGGAUGGUCUAGUAACAAGAUUGUUAUUACUACUUUUACUUCAUGUAAAUCCUUGUUCACUUGAUUUACUAACCUCUGUAAUGUAAUUUCCUCAUUCUAUCACGGAAGUUGCUUGUCUUUCUGAACU